AUGGCUGCAAUGAAGCAAGGAGCACAGGCAUUGCGCGAUAUACACGGAAAUCUUACAAUAGACGUGGUAGAUGCAACGAUGGACAAGGUCCGCGAGCAGAUGGAGCUUACCAACGAAAUCUCCGAGGCCAUCUCCAAUCCUCUCAACAUGGGUGUCGAUAUCGACGAGGACGAGCUCAAGGACCAGUUGGCCGAACUCGAGCAGGAGGAACUCAACGAUCGACUUAUGGGUGCGGACCGCGCGCCGUUGCACACACCAGCCGUUACGGCUGGUCCAAGCACGGUUUCUGCAGGGCGGUCCAAAGCAGAGGAGGAAGAUGCAGAGGAACGCGAAUUGAGAGAGUUACAGGCCGCUCUUGCAAUGUAA